AAAGGCGUCAAUAAGUCAGUGAUGUGUAGCUAAUAAACUAUAAUUUCUCAUAAAGUCUUAUUUCCCUAUUUGUGGCGACACUGAUUUGAGGUAGGUUUUGUUUCUUCACAUUUUUAAGAAUUACCGUGUGCUAUGAUUUACGAAACAUAUUAUUCCGUAAUUCUUUAAAUGUUUAGAAUUCAUUCAUUUAACUAUUGUUAUUUUUCUCCUCCUAAUCAACUUAAUUUUCUCAUAUUGCUUUAAUAUUUGUACGUAUUUUUAAGAGCAUAGUGCUCAGAGUCUUAGACUUAAGUUCUGGAUGUAAUACCUAUAAAUAUAAAAUUUAAAAUGCAAAAUCUACAAGCAAAACCAAUAUCUAGUAGUUGUGAAUCAGAAUUAUUCGAGUUCAAAAAAUUGUCUUAUUCGGAAAUGUAUGAUGUCUUACAAUCGUUACGCCAACAUGGGGUUUUUUGUGAUAUUAAACUGGAAACUGAUGAUGGUACCAUCAUAUUUGGACAUAAAGUGGUUUUAGUAUCGGCUAGUCCAUAUUUUCAUGCAAUGUUCACAAAUUUUGCUGAAAAGAAUAAAGAUCUUGUUGGUAUAAAACAAAUAGAUUCUACUAUCUUACAACUCUUAAUAGACUUUAUUUAUUCUGGGAAAAUUAUAGUGACUAAAAAAAAUGUACAGGUUUUGUUAUCUGCUGCAAAUCACUUGCAGUUAAACGAUGUAAGCGAGGCAUGCUGUGAGUUUUUACAGAAACAACUGCACUCUACAAAUUGUCUUGGUAUACAUGCGUUUGCUGAUUUACACAGCUGUAAAAAAUUAUUAACAUGUUCAGAAUUGUAUAUUCAACAAAACUUUUCAGAAGUUGUUGAAGGUGACGAAUUCCUAUCCUUGUCAUAUGAACAAUUAGUUAUGUUGAUCUCCAGUGAUGAGCUUACAGUUGCUUCUGAAGAAAAAGUAUUUGAAUGCGUUAUUCGUUGGAUAAAACAUGAGUUGGAUUCUAGAAAAUGUAUUUUACCACAAUUAAUGGAACAUGUACGUUUACCAUUAACAUCUGAAAACUAUAUAUUUCAAAAAGUAAUUAAGGAACCUCUUCUUGAUAAUAAUCCUAAAUGUAAAGAUUAUAUAAUGGAGGCUUUACAUUUUAAUUUUCUUAAGAGAAACCAGUCAGAUCAGCUUAUCACUGUUCCAGAGUGCAUCCGGAUUAAACCUAGACGCCCUGCUGGUUUACGUAAUGUAGUUUUUGUGGUUGGAAGCAAAGGGGCAAUUGGUAGUACAGAAUGGUAUGAUCCAAAAAUCAACCGAUGGCAGACAGGUCCAGAAGUGAUGCAACACCAUAAUGAAGGUGGUCUUGUUUUAUUAAAAGAAAACUUUGUGUUUGCCGUGGGUGGUGUAAAUGGAAUAUCCUCCCUUCAGUCUGUUGAUGUGCUAGAUUUAUCAUCAGAAUCACCCUGUUGGAAAUCAUCUGUAAACAUGUUAGUUAAAAGACGAUGUUUAGGAGUUUGCAUUAUGAAUAAUUAUCUGUAUGCCGUUGGCGGAUUUGAUGGUUCAAGUGGUUUAAAUAGUGCAGAAGUUUUUGACUAUAGUACCAAAGAAUGGAGUAUGGUGUCUAGUAUGUCUUUUAGGAGAUCUGGCGUUAGUGUUGGAGUACUGGAAAAUCUUUUAUAUGCGGUUGGAGGUUAUGAUGAGGAUGAGGAUGAGGAUUUAAAAUCUGUUGAAUGUUAUCAUCCCAGUCUUGAUACAUGGACACCAGUCGCAGAAAUGUGUGAACCUCGCUCUGGUGCUGGUGUUGGAGUGUUAGAUGGUGUACUCUAUGCUAUAGGUGGCCACAAUGGAUUUGUAAUUCUGAAAAGUGUUGAAGCUUACAGUCCAAGUACAGGAGUUUGGAUUACUAUUGCAGACAUGCAUUUUUGUCGGGCAAAUGCAGGUGUAGUUGUAUUAGAUGGUUUAUUGUAUGUCAUUGGUGGAAUUAUCGGUGUUACUUGUGGUUCUGUAGAAUUCUAUAAUCUAAUCUCUAAUACCUGGACAUUGCUAGAAGCUUCAAUAAAUGUACCAGAAUAUUGUGUGGGAGCUGUAGCCAUUGUUAGACCUCCUAAUUUUAUAACUUGUUAGAAUACCUAAAUAUUUUUUUUUAUAUAAAUUGUUUUUCAAUUCAUUCAUUUGAUUGUGUUUUGGUUUUUUAUUAUGUAAAAGUAAUUGGAUUGAU